AUGCACAGCCAUUGUCCCCUUGGCUGCUGCGAUGUCUACCCAGUUGGGGUUGGCCCAGGAUGGAGUUUGGGAACAGCAGACGAGGAGCCUGGGGUUUUCGAGGGAAGGCUGAGGAAAGCCCUCGGUCUGCAAAGCGAAAAGGAUGUUCAGCAGUCGAGACAAGCCCGCCCCUUUCUGCGCAAAGACUGGCAAGAAAUUUCAUACAAGGGCGGCGGUAGAGCCGAAAGCGGACGACAAUCCCUGUCGCGCCGAAGAUUGAGCUUGUGGAUCAGAGAUACCCAGGGCUCACAGCUCACGGCAAGCUUCGAUGUCAUCUGCGGGUGGCUGGCGGAUUGUUCGUUUGGACUCUCUCCCGCGACUGGUACCAGUUCGCCGCGAAAUGCAGGACAAACGCCAUCAUCUCCAGUCCCGAACAAAGAUGUGGACUACGAACAAGUUGGCCGGCGCCAUGACUGACGGUUGGACGUGCGCAGCGUUGAGAAGGCAGGCACUCCG